AUGAAAUUUAGUAUCAAAAAGGAAGUGCAUAUGGAACAACCGAAACGUUUAUCGCUAUACUUUUAGACGUUACGGGACUGUUUUUAAACGUUUAUACUUUAUACAGACUACGAACUGCAAGUACCAAGCAAUGCCAAACGUCAAGGCGUUCCUCGCACUUAUUCUAGUUUCAGUCUCGCUAAGUUUCGUAGUGUCUAUGAAUGUGUCGAUAAACUGUGAAACUCAGAACUUCACAAAAUGUUAUGAUCCGGUGCAAAAAUACAAAAAAAACCAGGAAUUUGUGCCACUGCUCCGGAUGAGACUAAGCGCAAACGUCAAUGAAUCGCUGCUCGCGGAUAUUUGCCGAUUUGGCAAGACUACACUUGGAUGCACUAAAGAAAGCAUGGAAUGCAGAGGUAGUACUCGCUUCUUUCCGGACAUUCACGAUCUGUAUGCCGGAUGGAUGGAGCUGCUCACAGCCUGCGAUCUUCCGGAUUCGUAUAGCAACCUCCAAACGAUACUGCGCUGCCAGGACGUCCUUGAACAGAUUGCCAGCCCGGCAAUUGCUUGUGGCCGAUCAGCUUUCAAGGAGAUUGGGCAAACCAGCUUUUUUGAGAAUAGCACCGAUGUAUGGGCAGCAUGGCGCAGUGGUAGCAGAAUGAAACAAUAUUGUUGCGCCUGGAAAGCAUAUGGAGAGUGUUACCGUGCAGAAGUGGCUGACAAAUGCGGAGUGCAGGCUCAAGAUCUCAACGAGCGCGUUAAUAACGCUAUCAUGGAGGCCUUUCGAUGUAACGGACCACGGGGCGACAAUUGUCCCCCACCGCUACCAUUGACACCGGAGGACUCCAACGCAACCUCACUUGAUUAUUAUAUUCCUAGACUACUAUCCAAUACGCUUCUCCGUUCGUCUGUUCCCAUAGGAGGAAAUUUUAGCGUCAACUCUACCCUUGCGCUUAAAAGUUCUGUUGCAAAAUCAGUGCUGUCAGAGUGGUGUUUAUUUGGUUUAAUUGUGAUUGUUGUCCGGUCUCACUUUUUACGGGACUAAACUCUACAACGACAGUACAUGGCAUUAAUUUGCUUCUCUUAAUUAAGCUAAUUUGGUAAAAGUUUACUGGGUCUUAAUACCUCUGUUUCUAACGAGAAUACGACUUAUGAUCGUUUAACUUCGUUUUAAAGUAGGGCGAAUGCAACCAGAAACGAUAAAACAGAAGUGGCGACUA